UAUCUGGAUAAGUUUUAACAAUAUCAAUCUGUAUACCUCUCGCAUGAAAUACUUUUUAAUUUGUAAAAAUUAUUUUAUAAAAUAAUGAAUAGUUUGAGAAUCAAAAGCGAUUGUUUGCGUGAGUUUUUGGCUGAAUUAUUGGGAACUUUUACAUUAACUUGUAUUGGGUGCAGUGGCAACGCUUAUGUGACAGUAGCCAAAGAAGGAGCAAUAGCUCAUGCGGUCGGGCCAUGGAUUUGGGGACUGUCUCUUACAGCCGGCAUAUAUGUAUGCGGAGGUGUUUCCGGGGGUCACGUGAACCCAGCGGUCACUUUGGGAAUGGCAUCCAUAGGAAAGCUCCCGUGGCGUAAAGUAUUUCACUAUUUUUUGGCUCAAUAUAUCGGGGCUUUUAUUGCGGCCGUCAUUACGUAUGUUGUCUAUAGAGAAGCCAUUCUCUAUCAGUUUGACGGAAAACUGCUAACCACUGGUCCAAACGCAACCGCCGGCAUAUUUGGCACUUUUCCUGCGCCCGGGAUUACCACUGGAACUGCUAUUAUAGAUCAGAUUGUUUCGGUUGCUUUCUUUUUGCUUCUAAUCAAUGCCAUAACGGAUGAGAGGAAUAUGGCCUGUCCUAAAGGGUUGGUUCCGAUAGCCAUUGGAAUGACAAACUUGGGUUUAUUGGUCUUUUCAUUUGGGUAUAACUGCGGCGGACCUAUAAAUCCCGCCCGAGAUUUUAGCCCCCGAUUGUUUUCAGCGAUGGCCGGUUGGGGUACAGAUGUCUUCUCUGAUAAUAUAAUUUGUGUUGCUUUCAGAGUUAACAGUUACGGAUACUUUUGGGUGCCAUUCAUUGGUUGCCAUAUCGGAGGAAUAGUCGGCUGUUGGAUAUAUAAGCUCUUCAUUGAGAAUCAUUGGCCAAAAGAGUCGUACGAUUUUCCCAACUCUUCUGAAAGUGAGACAAAUAAUUAUUAUAACAGCUAUAAAGACAUGGCUCUGAAUCGUGUGCAGCCUAUUUAG